AGUUGUGUAGUGUAGUGUAGUGUGUAAGCUUUCAUAUAACUUUGUCAACCUAUUUUUACUGGUCCUGGGUCUCUUCACUGAGCUCUCUCUCCUCUAUGAGAGAGAGAGAGAGAGAGAGAGAGAGAGAGAGAGAGAGGGGUUUAUUUGCUCUUUUCUCUCAGAUUGAAGGGACUUGAGUGAGAAAGGAGAGCGAAAAGCAAAGGUGGGUUUUUUCCCAUUUCUUUGUGGGUUUUUCUCUCUCUUCUCUGUAGUAGCAGGGGAUUUGUAGAAGAGAUUCAGAAUAAUGCUGAGGAAGAGGAGCAGGCCAUUUCAGAGAGAUCAGAGAAAAGCCCACAUAAUAAUGCAUGAUUAUUCACCCCCAGAAUCGUCCUGUUAUGAUGGUUUGGUGCAAAAGGGGAGGAGCUCCUCACUCUUUAGCCUCCCUGGUCUCUUUGUAGGAUUCACCACAAAGGGCUUAUCGGAUUGCUACGAUUCUGCGAAAAGCCCAACCUCUCCUCUUGAUCACAAGCUCUUUUCCAAUCCGAGUAUGAGGUCCCCAAGGAGCUGGGACAACAAAAGAGUUGGCCUUGGCCUUGUGGAUUCUCUCAGUGAAGAGGAAACCAUGGUUUGUGGGAGUGUUUUGGGGAGCAAAAACAUACUUUUUGGAUCACAAAUGAGGAUCAAUAUCCCCAAUCCUAAGACCCAUUUGACUGGUUUUAGAGAUGGUUCUUCAAUAGCAGCUCCAAAAUCUUUGCCUAAGGACUACGGGAUUUCCUCGCUUACUCGCGCAAAGAUGGGAUUAGGAUUUAAAGGGGCUGAGUUGGUGUGCGGGGAACUCGGAAAAAAUCGAUCUUUUUCUGCCGAUUUGGGUGAAUCGCUGAUUCCCCCUACUCAACAAUUUUAUGAGAACCCAAAGGCAAAUUCUGAAAAUUUCCCAUCCAGUUUGAAGAACACUCUUUUGGAUUCGCCUCCGCCGGCUAAGGGAAGCUACAGUUUUGAGAACUUCUCAGGCUCGCUCCCGAUAUCAAUCGUUGAGAUCGAGCAAUCGGAGGAUUACACCUGCAUAAUUUCUCAUGGACCUAAUCCAAAGACAACUCACAUUUUUGGGGAUUGUAUUCUUGAAUCCCACAAAAUUGAGUCACCUGAUAGUAAGAAUAAGGAGCGAAAAGAGGGAGCUGGAUCUUCUUCUUGGGUGGUUAACUUUCCUGUGGAUUAUACACCCGCCCCCCCUGAUGAUGAUUUCCUGAGCUUCUGCUUCUCUUGCAAGAAGAAAUUAGAAGGAAAUGACAUCUACAUCUAUAGAGGUGAGAAGGCAUUUUGUAGCUCGAAUUGCCGUGAUCAAGAAAUCUUAAUCGAAGAGGAAGCGGAGAAGCAAUCAACAAGCUCUGAGGAUUCUCCCGGCUCUUUCUUUCACGAGGACAUAUUCAUGUCCGGGAUGGUCACCGCUACAUAACCGAAGAAUUGUCGUGGCCCGACCAAGCCAUCUUGUGGGCAAUGAAAGACUUUUGAAGGUAAACAAGCCGAUCGUCCAUACAAGAAGCGCUGUUCUAUGUGGAUCUUUCGCAGCCAUGGAUGGUCGCGAUGUACAUUUCAAUUUGUUUGCUUAUUUUUGUUUUAGAGCUCAUUUGAUGCUGGCGGGUCAUUACCGGGAAUUAUCAACCCCCUCUUUUAUUCCAAUUCUAGAGUUCUUGGUUAUCUGAUAAAACUUUUGGCGUUCGUCUUAUAAUUUUGAUCUUAAGGGUGUUAGCCACUCCAUGGGCUCCCCAUUUUUCCUUUUAUCUCUCUGCUGCAGUAUCAUUGUAAGCUUUGCGAACUUCUUAAGUUAAUUUUACAAGCUGCGUUUGGUGUACACAA